UUGUCGGGCAGUUUUGUGUCUUUUCAGGGCUUCAACUUCCUAUUUGUUUUCUCUUUCAACGUUCAACGAUACUGGAUUUUGCUACAUGAAAUUGUAACAAUAAUUACGAUGGAAUAUUAGUACAUAUUCCGACCAUGCACACUAGGGACUAGACUAAUGUUUUACUGGACGGACAGCCUGCUGUCAAACUGAAAUUAUCUCUUGUUUUCUUGGUUGUUAGUUUAUAAUGCCGCUCGCUCCUGCAAACCAAUCCCAGUUGAUUCGGUCCAGUCAAAAGGACGAAUAUUAUCAAACCUUCCUGAGAAACAACGCCAACGAAGCUUUCCAAACACUUGCUGGAUCCAAACGAUGGCUGGACUGGAGGAGAGAGAUAGAGCUGCUGUCAGACCUCGCAUACUAUGGUUUAACCACAUUCUCAGGUUACCAAACCCUGGGCGAGGAGUACGUCCACAUCGUCCAGGUGGAUCCCACUGAACAGCGAAUCCCCUCUCGGGCCAGACGAAGCCUUGUCCUCUUCCACUCCUUCUUUCCUUACCUAUUGGACAAGGUCCUGGUGUCCCUGGAGAAUGAGCUGGAGUGUGGGCAGGAGUGGCGCAGUGAUGUGAGGCAGCGGCAGACGGCGUCCCGGCUGUGGAGCCUGGAGUCUUGUCUGAGGCAAUGGAUGCAGAGGGCAGUGGGGCUGUUUUCGGAGCCCCAGAGGAAAGCGUGCCUGCCGGCCGUGUUUGUCCUCCGUCAGGGUCUGACCCUCCUGCACCGACUCCACGUGGCUCUGUUCUACAUCAGCGGCUCUUUCUACCACCUGUCCAAGAGAGUGGCUGGUAUCUGCUAUGUGUGUGCGUGUGUGGUAGGCCUCCACAGCGAUGACCGCACCAUCAGGAGUAGCUACAGGCUGCUUGGGGCGCUGUCCCUCCUCCAGUUGCUCAUCACUGUGUGUCUGCAGCUCAACAACUUCAGACAGAAACAGAGAGCCAGGCAGGAGUGGCAGCUCUACAGGAACCUCAGUCCUCAGCACACACACAGCUCUGAGCCCAGAGCUGCCAGCUGCCUGCUCUGCCUGGAGGAAAGGAGACACUCCACCUCGACUCCCUGCGGACACCUCUUCUGCUGGGAGUGCAUCACAGAGUGGUGCAACACCAAGGCAGAGUGCCCCCUGUGUCGGGAGAAGUUCCAGCCUCGUAGACUGGUGUACCUGAGGAACUGCAGAUAGAACUACAGAGCCACUCUGCUGGUGGACUGUGAUGCCCCUCAGGAACAUGUCAAGAAUUAAGGAGAACUUUGUUCCAACACACUGCAGUUUCUUCUGGAUUUAAACGUUUUAUGUUCUUUUUAUUCUUCUUUCAAAUGAAUUGCCUCUUUUUUUGUUUUUGAACAGAAGUUGUUGAUUGAGGAUAACAUGUUUGAUUGUAUCAGUCGAAUCUUGUAAAUAUCACUUUUAAUUUAAUAAAACAUUUAUCAGAUGCUAAUAAAAUGUGGGACUUGUCCAGA